AUGGCUGUUGUGAGGGGAGGGCCACAACGACAGGCUGCGUUUGGCUUGGUAACGGCUACCCCCCGUUUGGGAGAGCUGCAAAUGUUCAGGUUGCAGCAGGAGAGCAAAAGUAUUGGCACAAUGGCAAAUCAGAGAGAGACCUCGUCAAAGAAAAUUGCACGUGAAAAGGGAAAGCAGGGACCCAACAUAGCUGAUGAACAGAAGGACAAGUACACUGGAAAAUCAAGGGGAUUGGCUUAUGUUGAUUUCUCCGAUGAUGUACACCUUACUGCAGCUCUGGCAAAGAACAAGCAAAUGUUUCUCAAUAAGAAAUUGAGUAUUGCACGGUCAGAUCCGAAGCAGCGGAGAAUGAGAGAAUCUGUUGGACGUAACACCCCAAUGGAACAUGGUGAAAUGUCGGGGCAUACAAAUGGACAAACAAAUACAGUUGGCGAAUCUGACUCUAAAGAUUCAUCUGAUGUAUCUAAUGCGACCUUGGCGGCUCAGCCACAGUCUGCUUAUCGUCGGCAUGCAGUUGACAAUGUCCAGCUCAAGGGGAAGAACACAUUUGCAGUGCCAAGAAAUGUCAGACCCCUUGGUUGGACUGACAAGAAUAAACAAAAAACCGAGGAAGCUCCGGAAUGGGAAGACCAGACGCCAAAAUCCAAUGAUGAGUUCAGAAAGAUGUUCCUCAAAAGUUAAUUCUAUUAAGACAGACUAUACUAUAUCUGCCUCCCACACAAGGCUUGUAUAGAGUUUCCCAACUGUAAGUU